AUGGCUUCGGAGUUGGAUGUCGGGACGAGUUUUAUUCCUUCCCUAUACAAGCCGCCAUCCUUACUUCCAAUCGCAAGACACAAGGAGAGUUUGCUAUAUCUUGUGGAGACAUACCCAGUCACAAUUGUCGUUGGGCAGACUGGGAGCGGGAAAACAACACAACUACCUCAAUAUCUUGACCAAGCAGGAUGGUGUGCAGAAGGAAAGACCAUUGCCGUGACACAGCCUCGUCGAGUGGCCGCUACCACGGUAGCAGCCAGAGUUGCAGAAGAAAUGCGCUGCAAAUUAGGCGAGGACGUGGGCUACUCUAUUCGCUUUGAAGACCACACGUCCUCUAACACGAGGAUAAAGUUCUUAACCGAUGGAAUGCUACUUAGAGAGGCUCUUGUAGACCCUCUUUUAUCGCGGUACACAGUCAUUAUGGUCGAUGAAGCACAUGAAAGGUCACUGAGCACUGAUAUCCUCUUGGGCAUUCUUAAAAAAAUACUAAAGAGACGCCCUGAGCUCCGUAUCGUGGUUAGUAGUGCAACUCUGCAGGCGGAAGACUUCCUACGCUUUUUUGCUGGAGACGAUUUCCAACAGGAUCCGGAUGGCGAAAUCGGUGGAAGCAUUGGAAGAAUCAUAAGCCUCGAAGGCCGAAUGUACCCAGUCGAUACCCUGUUCCUCGAAUCACCAGCUGAAGAUUAUGUGGAGCGAAGCGUGAAAACAGUGUUUGAUAUACACCAACACGAGGGCGAGGGAGAUAUUUUAAUCUUUCUUACUGGGCGAGAAGAAAUUGAGACUGCAAUUCAGUUAAUUUCCGAACGCGCUGCUACACUCCAUCCUAAGUCAAAGUCUCUGCUACCACUUCCUCUUUACGCGGGUCUCACGACAGAUCAGCAGAUGUACGUCUUUGAACCGACACCAGGAAACACACGGAAAGUGGUCGUGUCGACGAAUAUUGCCGAAGCUUCCGUUACCAUAAACGGGAUCGUCUACGUUAUAGACUGCGGAUUCGCAAAACUGAGGGCAUACAACCCUAGCACGGGCAUUGAAACGCUGACGGCAGUACCAAUAUCAAAGGCUGCAACUGUCCAACGCGCUGGUCGAGCUGGAAGAACAAAACCUGGAAAAUGCUUCCGUCUCUAUACACAACAGGCAUACGAAAAAUUGCCCGAGGCUACCGUACCAGAAAUUCAACGAUCCAACCUCGCCCCUGUGGUCAUGCAGCUAAAGGCCCUAGGAAUAGAUAACAUAGUCCGGUUCGACUUUCUGACCUCGCCUCCUGCGGACCUUGUGAUACGUGCAUUUGAACUUCUAUAUUCAUUGGGAGCUGUUGAUGACUAUGCCAAGCUUACAAAACCUUUGGGGAUGCGAAUGGCGGAACUUUCUGUCGACCCAAUGAUGGCAAGAGUUCUUCUUUCGGCGCAAUCCUUUGGGUGUUUAAGCGAGAUUCUAACUAUUGCCGCCAUGGUCAAUCUCCAGGGCGCAUUGUGGGUUCAACACGAUGGGGAUCGGAAGUCUUCUGAGAGCACCCGCAGAAAGUUCGCCGUCGAAGAAGGUGACCAUCUAACUUAUCUUAAUGUUUACCAGGCAUUCGUCACAAGGGGGAAGAAAGAUUCCAAGUGGUGUCGAGAUAACCUCCUGAACUAUCGAUCGCUGCAGCGAGCUGUCAGCGUCAGAGCCCAGCUCAAGCGAUAUCUUGAACGCUUUGAAAUACGAGUUGACGAGAGUCUCCCGUCCCAAUAUAAACAGCUUGAUAUUUCAAAGCCUGCUGAGCAGAUACAACGAUGUCUCACAACGGGGUAUUUCGCCCAGGCCGCGAGGAUGCAGCCAGAUGGCACAUUCAAAACAGUCAGUGGGGGCAUGACCCUCCACGCCCACCCCAGCUCCCUGAUGUUUAAUCGGAAGGCGGACUGGGUCAUCUUCCAUGAAAUAAUGCAGACAGGAGAGAAGACGUUCAUCCGGGACAUUACCAAGAUUGAAAAGAGCUAUCUUCUUGAAUACGCUCCCAAUUAUUACAGUGUUCAGUGA